CAGGAUUCUGUUUAGAUAAAGGCAUAGAUGUAUACCAAAAUCCUGUGCACGCAUUUAUUAUCAACAGCACUGAUUACUGACGACUGCCAAACCAUUCUUUGGUCAGUCUGUGAAAUACAGUUAGUAAGAGUUUAGGCAUACUUCUUUGUUAUAGUAACUUAAAGGCAGGGCUGUGGCUAUAUUUGAGGUCAGUAAGGCCAUUUUGGUGGGUUUUAGCAUCCUGUUGGAGUUAACAUUAUGCUCUGAGGAACGUGCAUUUUGUAGAUAUUUCUAUCUAUAGACUUUAUUUUAAAUGUAUCCACUUAAAGGUCAACCAAUUAUUUCUCCACAAGAAAAAGAGUAAAUAGAUAUUGUGUUUCCUUAAGUACCCGCCAGCUACAGAGCACACUACUGUAGCUGCCAUCUAUAGAUGCCAUCUUCUUUACAUUUUGCCCAGGUUUACUGUGUGUUUGUGGUAAUUUGAUUAAACACAAUUUGUAGGAAUAUGUACCACAAUAUCAACUGAAAUAAUAAAAGUAUUAACGCCAAAUAACGUUAUUUAAUUGACUAAAUUAACAACGUCCCUAUAGGGUCUGAAGGCCCCAGGGUAGAUUUUUGUCUUUGGUAAUCCAGCAGUCCUGGGACUAAUUAAUUUAACAAUUAACUAAGCAAAUAAAAUGUGGAAACAUUAAAUAAUUCUGACUUUUUUUGGUGCAUGUGAAAUGUCUUUGUGGACUUACUCUCAUGGACUCAAACAGACCUCACAGCUCCCCCAUCCUUCUCUCUCUCUCUCUCUUCUAUUGCUUUCUAUCUCUCUCGACCUCCCCCGCAUAGAUUCCUGCCUGCGCGUUCACGUCUAAACAAAAUGCGCGGCGGAAGCCUCGCGUAGUUAGGCUGCCUACAAGAAUCAUUAUUUUUAGCGCGUGGCUCGUGUUGCAGUGACGGGGUCGCGAGAAGCUUCCCCCCCCCCCCCCCCCCGACACCUCGGUUUGAGCAGGACUCGCGGGGGGAGCACGAGAGAGCUACGCAACGCACUGCCUGGUGUGUGGAGUUGCGGGGCGGUCGACGGUAGAAAGCGAGGAGGAGGAGGAUAACAACGGACUUUACGGGGAGGGGAGAACCACAAACGCAUCUUAUCACGCAUCACCGUCCCCUGUCCCGUCCCCCCCCACACGCACGCGCACACACUCUGGUCCUCGGUAAACGGCCUGCCUGGAGAUGGCUACCCCCGCUGCAGGUCGAGAUGACCCGGAUGCUUCGCCGAUGGACGAGCCGGGGACGAACCAUCCCGAACCAGCGUGUCUGGAGGCACAGAAAUGGAUAGAGGCUGUUACGGGGAAGAGCUUUGGCGACAAGGACUUCCGCAGCGGAUUGGAGAACGGCAUCCUGUUAUGCGAGCUGCUGAGUGCAAUCAAACCAGGGCUGGUCAAAAAGAUCAACAGACUGCCUACCCCCAUCGCUGGACUGGACAACCUGUCAGUCUUCCUGCGGGGCUGUGAGGUGUUGGGCCUGAAGAGCUCCCAGCUGUUUGACCCCGGGGACUUGCAAGACACUUCCAUACGAGCUAACCUCAAGGACUCUGACUGCAACCGCAAAAUAAAAAAUGUGCUGAACACUGUGUUCUGGCUUGGGAAGGCUGCCGGCGGCUGCGCAUCCUACAGCGGCCCUACUCUCAAACUCAAGGAGUUUGAAGGGCUUCUUGCUCACAUGAAAGUGGAGAGUGAGGAAGGAGGCGACAGUUCACAGAAGCGCAGCGUUAGGGACAGCGGAUACGACUGCUGGGACUCCGAGAGGAGUGAUUCUCUGUCUCCACCACGACACACUCGCGACAACUCGCUAGACAGUCUGGACUCCUUUGGCUCUCGCUCACAGCACAGCCCUUCUCCUGAUGUGGUGAAUCGAGGCAACGGCGAUGGGCGAGGCAGCGACUCGGAGGCCGAUGCUUCCGGCAGGAGGCCAGAUGUGCGGAAGGAUGACAUGUUGGCCAGACGGACUGCCAGCAGUGAAUCAAGAAUCUCCAUUCCCUUUAACCAGUUUCUUCCCAACCGAACCAACGCCAGCUCCUACAUCCCGACUCCACGACGAAAACCACAUACGGAGGAAGGAGAGCAGCGCAGUCACCCUCAAGCCCCUUCAGAGCAGUUCAAGAGAACCGGACUUCACCACAAAACUCCCAAGACUGUCACUUGGGCACCUGAGAAUAAUGGGGAAAAACUAACACACGAAGAGGAGGCGGUGACUCAGGAAGUGUUGGAGCAGAAGAAGCUGCAGAAGGUGGAGAAGGCAGGAGUCAAAGUUCUGCCUGCUGCCAUUCGCUUCAGCAGCCCUCCGACACUGGAGGAACAGGAAGUGAGGUCACCAUCCCCAAACAUCAUCCUUCGCUGCGAAAAUGACUUUUUGAGCUCUCAGAAAUCUGCGUGGGACUCCUCCUCUGAUGUGGAAGAGGAGGCAGAGGUGCGGAAAGUUCCAGAUGUUCGUAAAGACGACCUGGCAUCCAGACGAGCCCAUCGCAGCCCCGUUGCUCCCAAGAUGCAUCAGUUUGUCCCUUCACCUGUUUGUAGCAGCAAAGACCGAGAGCGCUGGGAAGGCAUUCGACGAGCCUCGCAGCAAACACUGCAGGAGAAGGAGAUCAGUGAGAAAGAAGCAGUCCCUGACAUCAUUACACGCAGAGACAACCCUUUCUUAAACUCCGCCUCUCGCCAUGAGGAAGAGGAGGAUUGGGAGGAAGAGGGGAAGGUUAAGGCGACACCUAAUAAGGUGAAGGAUGACUUGGCUCGUAGGAGGGCUCAGAGUAAGCCCCUCCCUCAAAGGGACCGACCAGUGAGCUUGGUUUCUGCCUCCAUGAGCCAGGCAGAUGUGCAGAAGUGGGAAAGACUCAAGAUGACUGAACCCAGUGAGGCUAGCCCGGCCCCUGUGUGUCAAGCUUGUCUGGAGAAAAAUUAUGGGAGUCCUUUCAGCGGAUCUGCAAAGGCAGGACGAGGUCACUGCAAAGUUGUGACCUUUGGGGGCGUGACUGAGAUCGAGCAGCCAAUAGACACAGUCACGUCAAGUGAAGGGGAGGAGACGGAGUUGCUAAGACGACUCCUUUCCAAGGCAACUGUAGCCAUGCCUACCAUUGGCCUGGGCUCCCAGCUUUCAGAGUGGGAACGCAGCCAGGUAGAUGGAGCAGACCUCAAUCAAACCACACGCUCUACUGUCACUGAGCUGGAUGCACGCCUGGAUCAAUAUGAACGGAGAAGAGAGGAGGAGGAGGAAGAUGAUGAGGAAGAGAACAAGAGUCCGGAUCCUCAGAAAGAUGACAUGAUGGCGAGGAGGACAGGAGUUUUCCAUAAGCAAAGCACCGCUAAAGCGACUUACAACCGUUUCCUGCCUCUGCCCAGCACCAAGCGCUGCACGCAAGGGGAGGACACCACUGACGCUGCUCCGAGGAACAAAAGGGACGUGCAGGCGGGCAGGAGCAAGAAACUGAACGUCAGAGUGGAGCAACAGACGCCCAGAGAUCCCAUGGAAGCGUCUCAACUUCACCCCGACACGACUGUCAUCCGAGCAACGUCUCACGGCGAAUUUGAAUAUGAAGAUGAUGAGGAUGAAUAUGAUGAAAAUGAGCCUGCGCCUGACCUGGAGAAGGACGAUAUGAUGGCUCGGAGGACCGGGUCGUUCCAAAAACCGAGUGCGGCCAGAACAAACCAGCCCAUCAACCGGUUCCUGCCGGUCCCUGGAUCAGUUAAAUACAACAUCGCCCCAGUGUCUGCAAUGAAGCCACUACGCAACAGACCUAAACUCACAGAGAAGAUGGCUAGUGAAAGCGUCGUUAACGUGGCAGCAGAACCUCAGGCUCCGCUCUCCAAAGCCCCAACCCUCCCUAAGUGUGCAGGGCUGAGGGAGAGGCGGCGGGAGGAGGAUGUAAAGCAAGAGGGAGGCAUGACAACCCCUAACAGCUCUGUCACAGAUGUGACCGAGCCCCUCUCCUCUCCAUCCCGUCCUGCGACUGCCCGGACUUGUAAAGUGGAGGCAGGGCUGGAAAAACAGAGUGUGGAGGAAAGAGUUGAGGAAAAGGUGGAGGAGAGGAAGAAGGACGUGAACGGGGAGCCACGAAGGCAACCCUUCUGGCUGGAUGACGACGAUCUACCUCCCAUCAUGAUGAGCCGGCGAGUUGCUUUUAUGUCUGAGGACACUGAGAGCGUGAGCAUGAGUGACAUACUUAAUGAGGAAGAGGUGGAACACUUACCGCCACUGAGCCAAUCACGUAAUGAGCGAAUGCACGAACAGUACAACAACUUUCAGGAAGAUGACGACCACUGGCAAAACGACUUGGCUCGUUGGAAGAAUCGGCGUCGCAGCGCGUCACAGGAACUGAUCAAGAAAGAGGAAGAGAGGAAGAGGAUGGAGAAAAGGAUGAAGGAGGAGGGACGUGACAGCAACAAGAGGAAAAGCAUUAAGACCUACAAAGAGAUCGUGGAGGAGAAGGAACGCAGAGAGGUCGAGUUGUGCGACGCCUACAGGAAUGCUGCAACUCCGGAGGAGGCCGCCAUGGUUUUACAGCGUUACGCUCUUCGCUUCACCAUCAGUGACGCAACACUGGACAGUCUAAAACUGCCCAAAUCCACUGCAAAUCCCAAACAGGACCUUCAUCAGGCGGACAAGGAGAACAAAACGGCAUCACCUAUUAAUGAAGCAUCACAACCUCUGCACAAACCAGAACCGCCUGUUAUGAAAGACCAGAGGCACACAGAAACGGAGGAGAUGGAGACAAAUAUAACUGCUCAUCAAGAGACAUCAGUGUCAGUCUCCUCCAGCUUCCCAACAGCUGGCAGCCCCCUCAGCCCGGUCACAAAGUCAGAAAAUGUGCCACAUCAGUCACUAGAACUGAAUGAACCUCGAUCCAAACCGACUCCAACCACACAACAAAAACAACCGAUUGCAGGAGACGCAAAGCCUCAAACCAAACACACUGACAUUGCACAUGUGCAGCCUCACACCACACAGCCUGGACACUCACUCCCCUCACCUCCAUCUGUAUCCAGCAGACCCGUCCCCUUACUGGCAGCCAAGCCCUACUGCCAGCCCAGGAACACACAGUCCGGACACAAACCUGUCAAGAUGGACGGGUUGGUGCGAGUGAAUGGAGAGGUGACGAAGGAUUUAUCUGUUUCCACUCCACCUACCGCUGUUCGUCACUCACCACCGGAGGUCAAAGACAAUCCCUCAAAGACGACAGAGAGAGACGUUCCCUCACAGCAGACAGUGAAAGACGUUCCCUCACAGCAGACAGUGAAAGACGUUCCCUCACAGCAGACAGUGAAAGACGUUCCCUCAAAGACGACAGAGAGAGACGUUCCCUCACAGCAGACAGUGAAAGACGUUCCCUCACAGCAGACAGUGAAAGACGUUCCCCCCGAGCAGAUUUCGGCCCAUCAGGAGACGGUGGUGCAGACGCCGCCUCCACAGACGGAAAAAUCGACCUCGUCUUUAGGCUCUGCCAUCAGCUCCCUGAUUGGAGGCCGAAACUGUACCAUCACGACAACUAUUGUGACCGAGCUCACACAUGUGGAGCCACAUCACCCGGACAUCCAAAUCAAUGGACAGGUCAACGGUAGUUCUGGGUUAUCUGAGAGUCUAGUGGAGGAAAAAAAGGCUCAGCCAGCUUCAUCGCCAAACAGCAUGCGAGAAUAUUCUCCCACCGUCACAGAGGGACUUGAGGAGAGCAGUGUGACUAUUGAGACCCCCAUGUUGAACUUGGCUAAACGUGUUAAUCACUGGGUCUGGGACCCCAAUGAGGAACGUAAACGCCUGGAAAGUUGGCAACAAGAGCAGGAGCGCCUCCUACAGGAGGAAUACCAGAGAGAACAGGAGAAGCUGAAGAAGGAGUGGGAGAAAGCACAACUAGAAGUGCAGGAGGAGGAGAGAAAACACAAUGAAGAGGAGAGAAAGAUCCUAGAGGAGACUGUAACACCCUUAAAUCCAAUGGGUUUGUUAAACCAGCAGUCGGGCCAGACGGGGACGACUUCAUCAGCUCCAGAAAACAACGAGACAGAACGAGGAAACGUUGCUGAGCAGCAAAACGGCCAAAGAACAGGGAACGAGGAUCAACAUGCAUCCAAGCUGCAUUUUUUCCAGGAUUCUACAUGUGAUGGUGAACCUCUACAUGUGAUGGUGAAGAAACAAGAACUGUGGAAGACGGCCUCUCUGGAUCGCAACCUUCAGCUGAACCAGGCACAUAUUACUAAAAGGUCUGAAUCACAUGACGCUGUGAUAAACAAACAGCAGCCCUCUCCUUCAGCACCUCAGCCUCCCUCACCCAGCAGAUGUGUUAGUGGGAAGAGACUGUGUUCUGGUUGUUCUCAACCACUGGAAAAAGGAGCUGCCAUGAUCAUCGAUACACUUGGACUGUUUUUCCACAUACAGUGUUUCAAGUGUGGAGUGUGUGAUGGGCAGCUGGGUGACGCCACUGCUGGGACUGAUGUACGAAUUCGUAAUGGACUGCUGAGCUGUCACGAGUGCUAUAUUGCAUCUCGGGGUAGAGGUCAGCCCACCACACUAUGAUGACCUGCAUUUGAACUGGACCCCCCCCCCCCCCUCCCUCUGCUCUCUCCCCUCACCCCUCACCCAUUGCCCUCGUCAGUGAUUGGAUGGAGAAGAAUUGUUUUCUUUUCCUAAAAUGCACAAACAGCUUUAUGGAUUCUACUGAAAGCGAAAACUGGACUAAUAUGCGGACUGAUUGACCAUCAUCACAUGCACAUACAGUACAAGUACAGUGUGUGUGUGUUUGUGCUUAUUAACUGUACACAUGUAUACAACUGUACACAUUUAACAUUUUGAAUAUGUGUAGCAUGGAUGUAAUCAAGAAAUCAGUGUGUUUAAAUCUUUGCACACCCAUACAUGGCACAGUUAAGACGCUAAAAUAAGGCUCAGUUCUGUCACAAGCUUAACAUAUUUCGCUAAAAGCUGAACCACCAUCAGUCUCAAAAUCUUGAUCCAUUAACCGCUGCUUCUGCACUGAUCACGUGACUGGUUUGGGUUGGAUAACCUGAAGUAGCUUGACCAUUAUAAUGCCUUACUCAUCGUCAUACCUUCUCAUUCUUUUGGGGUUUUGUGUUUACAGUUUUGCAUGAAAGAAGAACUUAUAUAAGUUAUUGUGAGUAUUGCUCAGAUGCAGUAGUGUGAGUUUGACCUAUGUCGUUGCUAUCUUCUCAACAGCUAAACUUUAACUUUCCUCUUGUAUGUUGUACAUCAUCAUCAUGAUGUUUUUGAAUUGUUAUGGGAAUCUGGCUAACUCACACAAGCUUUUUUUAUUUACAAUAAAUUUUACUGGAAUGAGAAUGCAUGUUAUUAAUUAUAUACUUGUUGUUCUUUGGAUUUUUAAAUAUUUUCCCUUUAGGAUGUUUUAGCCAUUGUUUUUUCUCAUAGACUGACUGCAUCCGAAUCAGUGCCUUAUGUAAAGAAUGCGAGGGCUAGUGUAUGUGGAGGAGUAAUUUCACACUCACACGGACCUCUGAGUCUCGGCACAUGUAUGUAUGUGUGUGUGUGUGUGUGUGUGUGUGUGUGUGUGUGUGUGUGUGUAUGCAAUCAUGCAUGUAUAGGUAUGUAAGCAAUGUGUAAUUUGACUUGAAGCACAGUUCCAUACCAGCAAAAAACAUUCAAAAUAGAUCUCCUAAUCACCUGCUGUUCUCUUCCACCCCCUCCCAUGAGCUAAACCAAUGAAACAAAGUGAUUUGCUGCUUCCCCGGUUAAUUAUUCCCCCGUACAAACACAAUGUCCUAUAAUCUCUCCUCGUCUGCCUCUAUCACAAGUGUUGCCUCCCCAGAGUCUGAGCUGAAUGUCUCUGUCCUUUGUGUGUCGUUGCUUCUAUCUGAACACCUGACAGCGUCUUCAUCACUCAGAGGACUAGAGCGCUCAGUUCAUUGUCUUUUAUAGCAAGUGUAUGUUUAUCAAUAAAAUAUUUUAAAUGGGA